GAGACACGCGAAGAAAGGUGGCUGAGAGGAGAGGAAGGGAGGAAGGGAGGAAGGGAAUAACACUGGUUAAGCCACAGGUUCAGGCUUACAACCUGUUGCUGCAAUAAUAAACACGAGGCGGCGACGCAAGAGGUGUGUUUUGCGGCGGCAGGGCGAUUGAUUGCCUGUCUCUCGCUUCAACUCCGGAUCACAACGCGUCUCCGCGAGCGGGGUGUAUUCGCUUUCGACCGUACGUACAGAUCGGAUUCUGAUGUGUCGUCUGACCUGCCUAUCGCUGCCAAGUUUUGAACCUCGAAAUGGUAGUAUGCCAAGGAGCCGCAAACCCUCGACGAUGUCGAGACGGUUGAUUCACUUCUUCACAGAGUGACGGAAGUGACAAGUUUUGCACACACACACACACACACACACACACACACACACACAGAGAGAGAGAACCUCGGAAUCCUGCUACGAAUGUACACUUACACAAAGAGAGAGAGAGAGAGAGAGAGAGAGAGAGAGAGAGAGAGAGAGAGAGAGAGAGAGAGAGAGAGAGAGAGAGUCUCGGAAUCCUUCUACGUAUGUACAUUUACCCACACACACACACACACACACACACACAGAGAGAGAGAGAGAGAGAAUCGCUGUCGCUGUGAUUAGUGCUAGUAGUUUCCGUAGGUGAUCAAGACGCAGGGAGGGAGGGAGGGAAGGGAGGAGGGAGGGAGGGAAGGGAGGAGGGAGGGAGGGAAGGGAGGAGGGAGGGAGGGUGGGAAGGAGGGGAGGGGGGUGGCGAGGAGGGGAGGGGGAAGAAUAGCGAGUAUUAGGUUGCUGCGGAUGAGAAACGGGAUUAGGCAAUUGUGCUGGUUCUGACCGCUGACGAUUGUGCCGGGAUUCGAUCGGACUCAUCAAAGGCAAUGGCGAUGGAGGUGAAGCUUUUGACUUACGUGGAGGAUGACGUGCCUCCUGAAGGUUACGUUGUCCUGUCAUCCCCGGCGGAGCCUCUGAAGUGGCAUCGGGCGGAGCCUGCGGGAUUCUCCUUUCAUCAAGCUGCUCUGCGGCGCUCUGGCAUGCUGAAGCACAGCGAUGGCGACGCACAAGACGAGGAAGACGAGAAGGCGGCCUCCGCUUCCGCCGCCGGCAGCGCCUCCAUGGCCGAUGGCUCUUCUCAGUGGUACAGCGGUAAGGGCAAGAAGUCAUCUUCUGCCAAGGACGGAUCGGGCGGCCAGGAUCACUACAAGCUCCUAGGUCUCGGUCAUCUUCGAUUUCUUGCCACUGAAGAUCAGAUCAAGAAGGCUUACAGAGAAGUAGCGCUGAAGUUUCAUCCUGACAAGCAAGCCUCUCUCCUUCUGGAGCAAACCUCGCAGUCUGCCAGAGACUCCAAGAGACAAGAGAUCGACGACCACUUCAAAUCCAUCCAGGAAGCGUAUGAGGUUCUGAUUGAUCCUGUGAAGCGACGAAUCUUUGACUCCUGUGAUGAAUUCGACGACGAGAUCCCUAGUGAUUGCAGUGCGGAUGAUUUUUUCAAGGUCUUCGGCCCCGUGUUCCUGCGAAACGGGAGGUGGUCGGUCACGCAGCCGUGCCCGCAGCUGGGGGAGGAUGAGACGAGUAUGGAGGAGGUGGACAAGUUCUAUUCCUUCUGGUUCAAUUUCCGGUCCUGGCGGGAACACCCGCACGCGGACGAAUUCGAUCUGGAACAGGCGGAGUCGAGGGAGCACAAGCGAUGGAUGGAACGGCAGAAUGCCAAGCUGAGGGAGAAGGCGAAGAAGGAGGAGAUGGGAAGGAUCCGAACUAUGGUGGAUAACGCGUAUCGGCGAGAUCCGAGGGUAAUAAGGCAGAAGGAGGCGGAGAAGGCGGAGAAGGUGCGGCGAAAGCAGGCAAAGAUUCAGGCGAAGAAGGAAAAGGAGGAAGAGAUAGCAAGGAAGGAGGAAGAGGAGAGAUUGAGAAGGGAGGAGGAGGAGAGGGCGCUGGCAGAACAAGCUGCGCAGAUGAAGAAGCAAAAGGACAAGGAGAAGAAGCUCUUGAGAAAGGAGAAGGCCAGACUGCGUGCCAUCGCCGCGCCGCUUUACACGACCACCCCCUCCACCUCCACCUCCACCUCCUCCUCCUCCUCCUCUACCGCGGCCUCCACGCCCUCGACAACGACUACUACUAGUGCUACCUCCUCGCCUAGGCGACCCUUGUCUUCGCCUUCAUCGUCCUCUUCUUCGAAAGCAGCAGCGCAGGACCCAUCACGGGGAGGGAGAGGAGAUGGUAGUAGGGCAGGAGGGAGGAAUUCGACGGCGGGGGGCCAGCAGAACAGCCAGCAGAAGCAGCAGCAGCAGCAGCAACAACUGCGGCCAAAGAUGGCUGUGGCUAUCUCGGAGGAAGACGUGGAAAAGUUGUGCUCUUGCUUAGAUCUUAAUCAGAUGAAGGAUUUGUGCGGCCGACUCGAAGCGGAGACGAGGGAGGAACGGAGAGUAGAGAUGGUAGUAGAAGCUUUGACCGAUGUAGAAAGGCAGCAGCAGGCAACGGCUGCAGCAUGCAGUCAAGGGGACGGUCUGGCGGCGGCGGCGGCGGGGACGGGGGGACAUCAAGCCAACGGCGGGGCCAAUCAUCAUAUAGCAGCAGAUGGAAUCCCAUCAUCUGGAGGAGGAGGAGGAGGAGGGGAGGGAACUGCAGCGGGAGGGGGGGGGGGGGGGGGGGGUAGCGAUAAGCCGAGCUGGACAAAAGAGGAAAUGGAUUUGUUGGCUAAAGGGCUGAAGAAAUUCCCCAAGGGUACGGCGCGCAGAUGGGAGGUUAUUGGUAAUUACCUGGGGGGGAGGUCGGUGGAGGAGGUGUUGAAGAUGAUGAAAGAAUUGGCGGCGGCCAAGCCAGAUGAUUCGCGCUCAUUUGAGCAUUUCCUUCAGAAGAGAAAGCCGAGCAACAGAGUGAUCGGCAACACCCCGGAUAUUGCAGACGGUAGAGUGGCUGAAGACAUGGAGGGAGCGGGAGGGAGGCGGAGGGAUGAGGACGGAAGAGGAGGAGGAGGAGGAGGAGGAGGUAAUUCAGCAGCAACAAGAGGUGGUGUAGGGGAGGAUGAGAAAGGAAAUGCCAGUGGUAGGCGGGGAGCGGCAACAGACGGCGCCGCGGGCGGUGCGCGGACCGGCGCUUCGACAGUUUCGGAGUCGCUGGCAACCGCCGCCCGCGCACCUGCGGAGGACACGUGGACCGACGCGCAGGAUGUCGCGCUCGUCAAGGCUCUCAAGGCUUUUCCCAAAGAUACCCCCCAACGAUGGGAUAGAAUCGCGCAGGCCGUACCAGGGAGAAGCAAAUCUCAAUGCUUCAAACGCUUUUCAGAGCUGAGAGAGAAUUUUAGGCGGAAACGCAACGAAGGGGGGGCUGCCGACGACUCCUAGCUCUAGUGGGGAGUAUAUACACCUCUGGUAGCAUUGCUGCGUAGGUCUACCAAUAUUGUUGUUGGUGUUGGUGUUGGUAUUGGUGUUGAUGUUGAUGUUACCUUGAGAUGGCUGGUGUUGUUGUGGUUUCUUUAUUUUCUCAGCUGUUUUUUUUUUUUUUUUUUUUUUUUUUUGGUGAUGGCGAGAGUAGGAGACUUGACUGUAUGUGCGUUAUUGCACUUCAUUUGCCAAUGUUGAUGCCCUAUGUUUUUCGUUUUUCUUUUGUUAUUUCUGUGUUUUAGGGUUCGUUACCAAUGAGCCAUGUCGCUGUUGCGUUCGGUUCAUUGGUUAUCCCCCCUUUCUUCUCCCGCCGCCUUCCUCCCCUUCUCUCUCUCUCUCUCCCUCUUUCCCUCCCUUCUCCCUCCCUUCUCCCUCCUCUCUCCCUCCUCCUUCCCUCCCUGUUCCCUCCCUCCCUCAUCCCUCCUUCCUCCCUUUUCCUUCCUUCUCUCUCCCCCUUCCCCCCACCUUCCCUCCCUCCCUCCUCCCUCUUCCUUCUCCCUCCUCUCUUCGUUGUGGUCAUUCGCACAGCUCGCAAAGCUUGCAUCUCCUUUCUUCUUCCUCCCUCCUCCCUGCCUCCCUCCGUCCCUCCCUCCCUCUUCUUCACAGAGCGCACAGCUUCCAUCUCCUUUCUCCCUCCUCCCUCCUCCCUCCUCUUCACAGCUCGCACACCUUGCAUCCUCUCUCCUCCUCCCUCCUCUCUUCGUUGUGCCGCUCACUCGCACACAGCUCUCACAGCUUGCAUCUCCUUUCUUCCUCUCUCCCUCCUUCCUUCUCCGUCCUCUCUCUUCGUUGUUGCGCUCCCUCACACACAGCUCGCACAGCUUGCAUCUCCGUAUUGCCGUUAUUUCGAGAAUCGUAUUUACCAUUGUUGAUGGCGGGAUGUGCUCUGAGUGAAUGAUUGAGUAAAUGGGUGCGCGGCUG